UCUGCCCAAGUGCCCAGCAGCUCGUUUCUGUGGUAUAAAAAUUUGUUUAGCAAUAAAGAAUUAUAUACCCAACGAGUCAAAAGCACACGCAUCAUUCAGUCAAUCAUACAUGUAUAUUAGCCUAUCAUGUGUGUAUAUAAGAUGUCUGUGAAUUGGGCGUAUUUCAAUAUUUGUCUUGUUGGGUUUUGCAGUUAGAAGCAGCAAAGUGAGCAGUGGGAGUUUGGUGCUGAAAUCUGAGACAGGGAGCGUUCCAUUAACAACCCAUAUAUCAAAAUCUAAAGCAUGGCAUGUCAUUGACUUUGCGGAAUAAAAUGACAGGUCUUCUGGAAACAAACCCUUCCUCUCUAAUCAUUGACUAUAGCAUUGCAAACUACUGAUAACUUAAGCUCGACUAGGGGCUAACUGUAAGCUUCCCACUGUACUUUACUAGAUCAAGAAAUCAACUUACUUUCUUCUUUAAGCUAAAUGGCGAAGCCCACCAGCGAUUUACCAGAAGGGAUGGUUGCAGAAAUACUUCUCCGACUUCCGGUAAAAGCAUUGCUCCAAUGCAAAUCCGUCUGCAAGCUUUGGUUGUCCAUAAUCUCAAAUUCUUAUUUUAUAAAGUCUCACCUUCACCGUGCCAUCACUGCUUCCAUGAUUAAUCCCUCGGUACUCAAUAUUGAAUGUCUGCCGCCCGACGAAGACAAUCUGGCCUUUGAUGUCUCUACUGUGGCCAUUCUUUCAACUCUUGAUGAAUGUACAGCCGAACUGCAACAGCAAAGGCGACGUCAAUGUCGACUUGUUAACGAUGGGCCUAGCAACUUGAGACAAGAUUUGUCCAGCUCUCUUCUUCACUUUGAUCAUCUUGUCAUGCCACGUCUUUUCAAUCAUUUUCGAGUUAUUAGUUCCUAUAAUGGCAUUAUCUGUCUAGCUAAUUAUUUUGGUAGCGAGGUCUACCUAUGGAAUCCAUCAAUUAGGAGGUGCAAGAAACUUCCUUCUUUCAAGCCAUAUGCAACUAGAUCGAUGCCAAUUAAGAUAGGCUUUGGUUAUGAUUCUAUUUCCAAUAGCUACAAGGUCUUUAGGAUUGUAUAUGAGAAGAUUCUUGAUAUCAUACCAAUAGUUCAAGUGUAUUCCACAAAUGAUGAUAUCUGGAGAGACUUUCGGGCUCCUAUUCUAAAAAACUGGAAGAUUUACAAGCAAACUAAUAUCGUCGUAAACGGGGUAAUGUAUUUCGACAGUGGGGAUGAGCUGAUCUCAUUUGAUUUGCACAAAGAGGUUUUUGGAAUAGUUCCAUUCCCAAACUUUAUUCAACGUAAGGGGUCUGAUAUUUUGGAUUUUGAAGGGUUUGUUGCUAUAGUCUUUGCAUCUGUUGGUUAUGGACCAGGACUUAACCUAUGGACGCUGGAUGAUGUUUCUAACAAGAUCUCUUGGACUAAAAGAUUUAGUAUUGAGACUGAUUCUGAAACAAAUAUAUGGCUUUAUUGUUAUUUGGGUGCUGGACAGUUUUAUGGAUAUAAGUUGAUGAAUGGAAAUAUCUUCUUGUAUGACUGUGAUGAGAAGAAAGAGACCAAAUAUUAUGAACUUGGAGAAGAGAACAGUACCUUGACUCUUAAGUACACAGAGACACUUGUUUCACUGGACGGCUUUGAGCAAGUGCUAGAGUAAAAUGAUAACGAUAACAGUCUCAUUAAAGAAACAAUCUACAGAUAAAAGUUUAGUAGGUUGUUUAUUGGUAGCAGUUCCAUAAUUAUGCUUUUGUUGUGUGCCUGCUCCAUCAUUCUAUAUUAGCACCUUUAUCAUUCUUUUAUAUGUUUCCUGUUAUGGAAUAUGGAUUGUGUCACUUAAUAAUUACUUGGUUGAUUAUAGAGGUCCUAGUUUAAUUUUUUUUUCCUAACGAUUCUCUAUGCACGUUCGUCACUCUUGAUACAUUUGGUUUGAACCCUUGUCGCACAUUGGCAUCCUUUUUCUGUAUUACAGUGUUCGUACAUAUUUGGUUUAAGUAUCAGCCCAGGGCAUCAAAAAGACAUGGGCAGAGAGUUGUCCUUAGUUUAAAGUUGAUAUCUAUAAUCAUAUAACUGAAGAUUAAAUCUUUUCUUGAAUGGCAUGAAUACAAGGUACUCCCUCCGUCCCCUUUUACAUGUCCCUUUUGGAAAAAAAAUUUGUCCCAAAUUACUUGUCCACUUCUCUUUUCAAAGCAACUUUUUGUAUGUUUUUUCAAAAUGUAACAACUUCCAAUGUUUGACUAGCAUAUAUAUAUACACAACUCUAUCUAAUUCAUUACAUUUAUUAGGGAUAUGUAUGAAAACAAGAUAUCCAUCUAACAUUUUCUUAAGAUGCGUUAUUUUUUCAAAAGGGACAAGUAAAAAGGGACGGAGGGAGUAUAUUAUAUGCACCCUUUACCAAAAGCCUCUAACAGUCGAGUAGCCUAGAUUUCAGCUCAUGCCUCUUUAUAGCUUUAGUUGAAUCAUAUUGUAUGCCGAGUCAUUUUUUCUUCCUAAUCUUUCCUUUUCAAUACUUGAAUUCAAAAUUCCAAAAAACAUAUGCUCCCCCGGUCCCCCCUAUGUAAUCUCAACUUCCAGUUUUGGGUCUAUGACUCCAUGAAAGAUUGCCCAACUCUGCAAUGGGAUCAAUGAUUUAGCAGGCUGCCUUCAAUGUGUGUAUUAUUGCGUUAUAUAGCUGUUUGUCAAAUAAACAGAAACACUUGUUUCACUUUAUGAGUUGACGGGGUUGAACCAGUUUGCAAAAUAACACUACUGGCGCUAAAGUAACAACCUAGGAGUAGCUUCUCCAAAAAAAGAAAAAUCUAUGAGUAAGUUAGCUACACAUUUAUAUCUCUUAAUGUAUUCCUUCUGAAAUCUGCUACUUGUUAUAUUUUGUCGUUUCACGAUCAUUCUAUUCUUUCUCAGCUUUUCAGACAUAUAAUCAAGACCGGUCUGAACUGUCUUGCUCAACAACGGUAUCAGUGUUUAAAUCCCUAUCAACUUUGCUUUUGAACCACUUAUUAACUUGCUGGAUAACAAGAACUACAGCUGGUUUUAAAUUAGACGGUAGUUUAACAACCUCCUUUUAUGCUAAUUCACUUGCUUUUAGAUUAAUGUAAUAGCAAAAAAUAGCUAUGUAAAUGAAUGGAAAAGUAUCAAUUCAUCACAUGUUCCUAUAUAAUGCAAAAAUAAAGAUACGGGUUCAAUCAGACAGCAUUUUUUUUUGGAUUAAUUAUUUCCUACUGUACAGAUAUUGAAGAUGGUGUAUUACAUCCCAUCUCCCUAUUCUUCAUAGAUCAUAUUUGCCACAAGAGGGCGGAGAAAGAAACUCCAGCAGUAUGAUGAAAACUCCAGAAGGCGGAUACACUUCCCGGUUCUUAUCUAUUUGUACUAUCAAACAUGGCGUGCUAUUCUUAUCCUUUACACAAUAAAUCAAGGUUACCUCAUUCUUCUUUCUGCUUCAAUGUUCGGCCAACUAUUAUCGCUGGGGACAGGAAACUCAGGAGUAAUCGUUAACUUUUAACUUGUUUUUGUAGUUAUCAUACAUAUGCAAGUAUUUUUCUUUCUGGUCCAGCUAUUUCAUAUUUUGAUUUAUUGAGGAAGUGGUUAUGUGUUGACUCAUUACAACUAGGCCUGGCAAUUUGACACGUAACACGCUAACACGAAACGAAACGACACGAAAAAAAUGGACACGGGUUUUGAUUUUCGAUACACGAAACACGAAAGUACACGAACACGAAAUUACACGAUAGAUUUCGUGUCGGAUAUGGGUUUUCAUUUGGGGUACACGAAAUACACGAAAGUACACGAAAUAUUUGUAGAUUAUAUUUA